AUGAAUUAAACUGCACCUGUUCUCACUAUAUAAAAAAGAAGUUACUUAUUAAAAGCUUGUUUGGCAUCUUUGUUUGGAGGACAUGAAUUAAAUCUAUCUUCAAAUCUCUAUAUAAUACAUGUAGAAUUAAAUUUAAGAAGUAGGUGAUUAUAUAACUAAUAAGUGUAAUUCAAACUUACAUAAUUGGAAAAUUUGUGGAUAAUUACGCCAUUGUUUUGAUAGUACCUGCUAGCAUCAAUACGAUACUUUAGAUAAGCAUGAAUUGCUUUAUAAGUGAAGAGCAUCGGAAGACUAGAUCUUAAAUUGGAUAAUAAAUAGGAAUACUGAUUCCUCAAAGUUUAGGAACUGCUUCAGCAAUAAAAUAUGAUGGGAAUAUUUUAGAUGCGAUAGUGUUUUUUUUCUUGUUUCCUCGAGAUUAAAAUAUUGAACUAGGAUUCAAUCAAAUGGAGAAGUAUUCUCGAUCUAGAUAUGCUUGUUUAUUUUUAAAAUUGAUAUUGAUCUUGACUCAUGCAAACAGAAUGAUUAUAGCAAAUAUAAUCAGAUACAUAUACUAUUUCACACCUAUUCUGAUUUGGAUGGGUUUAUAUGGACAGUUUUCUUAAUUGUAUGUAAAUUUGAGAAUUGAAUUAGUUUGGAAUAUGUUGGAGAGCAAUUCAAUUUUUUAAUGGGAUCAUCAUAUUAAUCAAGUUCAAAACGAACAUAUUUGACAGUAUUAUUGAAUGUAGCAUUGAUUGCAAUUUGUUUAGGAUUGUCAUACUUAGAAGAUAGUAGAAUAGCAAUAAUUAUAAGUGGUUGUUUAAUAAAUGUAAAAUUGUUUAAUAUUUUUGGAUCGAUGCCAAAAGAUUAGAGAUAAAUUUAUAAACCUAGUUAUCUUAAUAGGCCAUAUAUGUUUUAUAAUCUUUUAAGUUCAUUAGUGAAUAUAAUUGGAAUUAUUUUAUGUGGAAUAUUGGCAUCAUCUUAUUAUCGAUAACUUUAUUAUGCUAUAAUUCCAAUAUAUUCAUGUUACUUUAUAUUAUAAUUAAGAUAGAAAUAUUUAGUAAAAUAAUUUAAAAUAUUUUAUGCAAUGAUUGAAUGUGCUUGUAUAUCUAUGAUGGAUUAUAAAUUUGAAGGUAUUUUUGCUUAAAGAUUAUUUGAAUGUUCAACGAUAAUAAGAUUAUACAGUCUUAUUCAUUCAAAUCCAAAUUAUUUAUUUUUUGAAUAAUUAGUUUGUUUUGGAAUUUCAUUUAAUUCAGAUUAUUCUAUGGCUUAAUGUUAGUUGAUUGGAUUCUUGGUACAAUUAGGUUUAAGAUUCUUAAUAAGAAUGAAAUCUCGUAUGUUGAUUUGGAUGAUUGCAAAGUAAAUAUAAAUAUAAGUAGAUUAGUUAAAAGAUGUUGACAGUAAAGAAAUAGAAAGUAGAGGGAGCAAUAUUAAUUACAACUUUAUAACUAUUAAUGUGUCCAUUAACAUUUUUGAUAAUGAUAAUUUCAAGUAUAUUGGAUAGUCCUUACAUGCCAUUUUUAGGAUUACCUAUAUUUUAUUUUGGAUCUUUAAGACCAUUUAGAAAUGUAACUCAAAUCUAAAAGAAUAUAGCGAGUUCUUCAGAGGGAUCCAUCUAUAAUUCUUUUUUAAGUAAAGCUUAUGAUAGAUUAUUGAAUUCUUAACCUUUAUGGAGUCAUUAUCUAAUAAGAAUAGGCAAGUAUUUGGGAAUUAUGCAAUUAUUAGAAUAUUAAGGAGGAUAUGCAGUAAUCUAAUUUAAGGGUUUAGAAUCAUAAGAAACAACAAGUUGUCAUGGAAUUGAAGCUAGAGAAGUUGAUAGAUUAAUGGAUGCAAAUGAUUGUGGAUCAUAUAUUGGAAGUGCUCUUACAUAUUAAGAUGAAUUUUAAGUAUCAAGUUAUGAAGAAAAUUAAAUUAUUUUAACAGGCAUUAUAGAGGCAACUGAAUUUGUUAGUGGAUUUAAGAAAAUAUAUUUAAAAAUGUUAUGUUAUUAUGCUUAAGAAUUAUAGGAGAAUAAUUAAAAAUCAAUUUAAGAAUUAUCUAAAAGAUAUGAUGGAUCUGAGAAUCAAUUUCCAAACUUAUUUGGAGAUUUAAUUAAAUUACCAAAUAAAUUUUAAUAAUUUAAAAAUGAAUAAAUAGAUUAAUAAACGGAAAUUAAAAUAUAAAUAAAACCAUAGCCAAAAAUUUAAAUAAAACAUGAUGAUGAUGACAUAAUGGGAAUGUUAGAUGAUUUGACAAAAGAUAUUCCAUAAUAAACUAAAAAAUUACAUUAAUAAAGUAAUUCAUCAAAUAAGGCUAAUAAUAAUGGAGGAGGGUUUUAUACACAUGUUUAGAGAGCUAUAUUAUAUAUUUAUUAAAUAUCAUUGGGUGAUUUGGAUUUUAAUUUUGAAAGUAGAUUAAAUUAGAAGGGAUUGUUUACACUAUUUCAAAGUUCAAAAACUCUGUCUGAAUAACGAUAAAUGAAUGGAGUGGAUUUAAUUUUAUCAGAAAUAGCUACAAAGGCAAUUAGAAGUGCAUUAAAAUUGAGUUUAGAUUUUUAUUCAAUAGAGGGUCAUUUGAUUAUAGAUGAUUCUGAACUAUUAUAGGAAUUGAAUGGAAUGAGUGAUUGUUAUGUAGGAAUGGGAAGUGAUGAAGGUUGGUAAAAAGCUAUGUAAAGCAAUUUACUAUUGUGGACUUUAGGUUAUGAAGUUGGAAAGAAUAAACUUACAGUGUAUAGAAAUUCAUAUACUAAUAUAAAAUGUUAAAUAUUCAGAUUUGAUAGCGAAGUAAUUAGAGGGAUUGAAGCCAAUCUUUAAAUGGAAUUACUGUUUGUUACUAACAACGAUGAAGAACGGUAAUCACAACUUAAUUAUUUUUAGAUAUUCUAUUUAAACACAUGAAUAGUUCUUUAGAAAUAUGAUCAUUGAAGGCUCUGAGUUACCUUUAGGAUAUGCUCCCUUUUACUCUGGACCAGUAGUUAUUAGUUUAAGAUGA